AUGAGCACAGGCCCCAGCCGUGGCGCCGCGGCAGGCACGACGCCGCGUCGUGGACGCCCGCCACUUUCGUCGUAUCCCACUGCGGCAGGGAUCAGCCGCGCCGCAAACUGUGGACCUGGACAAGACACGGAUUCGAGCAGCGAUCUUCGCAAGGCCAAAGCGCCGCGUCUCAACCCUGGACCACCGCGUCGGCGCGGGCGUCCGCCGCGCAAUGCAGCGCCGAUUCCUGUGUCUUCUCAUCCCCAGCGUACGCCGCCCAUUGAAUGGAUGGCCAGCACACCUGCGUCAUUUGCAGCGGAAGGCGCACCAUCGGACGAGCGGCCACCCGCACUCGUUUUCCAAUGUGUAGGAUGCUCGGCAGCUGUCGGUGACUCGUUUUCCUGGAUCACUGCACAGCGAACCAUGGCUCUGAUUGUGCUUGGGGCUGCUACGGACAAGGUAGCGCUUGUCGAGCCGAUCAUUACCAGCAGCGAGCCAGGCCCUUGCAUGGGAAGUACGUACAGCGUAUUGCAAUGCACACAGUGUGCACAGCAGCUUGGGCGCAAGUACCACAACGCACCGCAGGCAAUGGACGCACUACGAGAGGCAUUUAGCUUUCACGUCGACGCGCUGAUCGUGUACCAGUUAGGGAACGCGACUCAAUCUGGGCACACCACCAUUUCUGCACGCACACGCAAGCCAGAGGAGCGCGUGGCAGAGACGCGCAGCACACAGACACCUGCGGAGCCUUUGUCGGAUUCAGACGUAGAAAAGAUCAAGACGAUGCUCAUGGUGCUGGGCGAGCGGAUUAUGCGCGUCGAGGAGCGUUUGGAUAUGCAGCCCAAAGGCGCGCCCGAUUUAGAUGACAGCUUUGCGUAA